CCUAUACUUAAACUCUAACCUGUAUAACUUUUGUGAGAUUUUAGCCAAACAUUUAUCAAAAUUUCAGACUACACACACCACUCCAUUAUGGCACAACCACACUCUUUGACCCUCAUCUUGUUUAUUGGGCUCUGGCCUCCCUGCUCACAUAUGGGCUGUGUUUGCCAUUACAGUUGCAGCUCAUUUCAUGAAUGCACUCCCAGGCAGUGCACACAACAAAGGAGGCCAGCUCUUCCUCAUAAGCCAAAAGAUGUGUAGUGUGUAAUGCAGAGUAUCAUUCAUCAUCGUCUACACGCUUCCCUGCCCCCCUCUCUCUCACACACACAAACACACACACACGCACACACACACACAAACAUGGCGGCCUCUGUUUCACCGCUACGCUCCUCCUUCAGGAUUUGUAGCCCUUUAACGUUACACCAUCACUGCUGCCGGGCCAAACUGCGGAUGCACAGAAAAUGCGAGAGUCAAAAGAGACAUCUACACGAGUCGGCGACGAGGCAUGCCGCUGUGGUGAUUUCCGGAACAGAGUUAGCUCGUCAGCUCCACAGAGAAAUCCAGCGUGAUGUGGAAGAGCUGGUAGCUCAGGGCAACAUGAGACCACACCUAGGUGUGGUCUUAGUGGGUGACGACCCAGCCAGUCACACCUACGUUAAGAACAAGACCCGCGCAGCCAGCAUCCUGGGUAUUUCCAGUGAUACAGUGGUGCGGCCCAGCACAGUGUCUCAAGAGGAGCUGCUGGAGCUGAUUGACAAGAUGAACCGUGACUGGAGGGUCAGUGGCUUAUUGGUGCAGCUCCCACUUCCAGAGCACAUAAAUGAGAGAGCAGUAUGCAACGCCAUCGCUCCAGAGAAGGAUGUGGAUGGCUUCCAUAUUGUGAACAUCGGUAAGCUGUGCCUGGACCAAAGAUCCAUGGUGCCAGCCACUCCUGCAGCUGUCUGGGAGAUCAUCAAAAGAGCAGGUAUUGAGACUGUGGGGAAGAAUGUCCUUGUUGCUGGUCGCUCCAAAAAUGUUGGAAUGCCCAUUGCAAUGUUGCUGCAUACUGAUCGCCAUCAUGAGCGUCCUGGAGGUGAUGCCACAGUGACCAUUACCCACAGAUGUACUCCAAAGGAAAGGCUCAAAGAGCUAACCCGCCUGGCUGACAUCAUUAUUGCAGCAGCAGGUGUUCCUGAGCUGAUCACAGCAGAUAUGGUGAAAGAAGGUGCAGCAGUCAUUGAUGUGGGUAUAAAUCGCAUCAAGGAUCCAAACACAGGAAAACUUCGGCUCAUUGGUGAUGUGGACUUUGAGGGAGUGAAGGAGAGAGCAGGUUUCAUCACACCUGUCCCCGGAGGGGUGGGUCCAAUGACGGUCGCCAUGCUGAUGAAGAACACUGUGACUGCUGCCAGAAACGCACUGAUGCAUUAGACACACACACACACACACCUACACCUAGACACACACACGCGUGCACACACAGUAUAAAGAUAUUUAUUUUAACAAGGGCAGACAUCAUGCAGACAUGCAGAUAUAGAUGCAUACAUUUAUAUAGGCACCCGCACAGGCAGACCUCCUGCCAAACAUCUAACACAGUUUUAUUUGAACAUCUGUGAACUCAAGACUCAAUACCUGCUGGGAAAUCUACUUGAUAUGUAUUGCGUUUAUAAUAUUUAUUUAUUCAUUUAUUUAUUAAGUUAUUUAUUUCAGCUUUCACUUUUUAAGAAUUUAUAUUAAUAUUUUUUCUACUGAUGUAAGUUUGGUUCAUUUUGAGCAUAAUGAAAUAAAAACAUUUCAGUUCCAAAGUUUUUUUCUAUUUAGUUUUUUCAUGAUUUCCAAAAGUAUUUUGUUGUGUGUUUGUUCUGCUUUUGAGUGUAGUGAGACAGUAAAGCUCAACCAUGAUUACGGGUUAUGCAUCUUAAACAUUAGGCUGCUGAUUCCUGAUCUAACAGACAGCUUUUCAUUUCCUUAUCGCAUCCUCUGCAAUGCCUCAAAUCCAAAAAUAGGGAAGUUCUGAAAAAUGAAUGUAACCAGUGAAAAGAUUCCCCAAAGACAUUUCAUCUUUUGAUCAUCAUAAUAAUUAGAUAAUUAAUCUAUAGAUUUCUGUAUGGCUAUCCAUUUUCCUAAUGAUGGCACUGCUCCACUGUCUUAAGGCUAGAGGCAGGCCAUCUUGGACUACUUGUCAGUUUUGCCCCCUUCCUGAUUUCUCAGUUUUUUUUCUCUCCAUAUUUGUCACACUUACAUGUAUCAGAUGUUAACACGAAUUUUAAUAAUAGUCAAAGAUAACUCAUGUAAAUAAAAAUUACAUUUUAAAAUGAUAACUUAAUUUAUUAAAUAAGAAAAAAGCUAUUUAAAGCUACCCGGCCCUGUGUAAACACAUCUUCAGCUAAUUCUGGACUCUAUGGCGGAUAAUUUAUAUUUGAAAAUGAUAUCUCAUGCUCCCUGAGUCACUCUUAUAAUUUGAGCUAGAUGAAGCAGCAUUGCCAUCUAGAAAUGUGCCUGUACUAUAAAAGAAGAAAAGAAAAUCUACUGAUGGAAAAGCCUGGUGAUUGAGUAUGUUCAGGCAGCCGCCUGACCUCAAUAUUUGGGAACGUAAUAUAGGUAGCUGUGGGACAGUAAAAUAUAAUGGUGGCUCCACACCAGUUUGCAAUGCAAUCCCCAAAGGAUUUGUGUUUUCUCCCAAAAAUGAAGCGGUUGUUCGGUUGUCAGGUGAAAGUGUAAACCAUAUCACUUUGGAGCCACCUCCUUAAGGUGAUAGUGAAAAACAAAAAGCAAAAAAACAAACAAAAACAGUAAACACAUAAUUGAAGAGUUCAUCUAGAAAUGCUUGGCCCCCUAUCAAAUUUUUUGAUAAAACUUUUAAUUAAUCUAAUUCUAAUGUGCUGUAACCUGUCUCUAUCUAAUUCUCUCUUCACGUGUUAAGAGGCCAAAGAAAAAUAAAGCUUCCAUUGUGAUCACGCUGAUGAAAAAAGAGAGGAUUUCCCAACAUCCGCUGUCAGUGAAGCAACUUUACUGGACUGUGAAACUGAUUGAAAGUCACCCAGCCAGUGUUCUUCAGAAGCACUUGCCUCUGGGGAUCUCGUGCCUCCCCCAUAGGCUUUGUCUCUGCAUGCCUAUGAAGUAAAUGACUUGAUUCAAGUCGAGUAUCAAAAGGAAAUACUUUUCAUUUUUCAAAAGAAAAAAAGCCUUCAGUGUUUUGAUUGGCUGUGAAAAUCUGGAUAAAUAAGCUCAGCGCAGACCUGUUGGUCACACCUGUGCAGGCAGAAGGAGCUGAACACAUCACAUCACCAAAGGACAACAUGGUCACACAAAGACAGACGUACCUGGAGAAACCGUUUCUGCCGGCAGUGACGGUGCUGGUGCUUUUGGCUGCAGCAGGACAUUCUGCAGUGGUGAAUGAUAAUCUCCAGACCAAAGCACCGCCUCUGUCAAACUCAUCUCUGACCACUCAGUUUAGCAACAGUGAGUGUUUUAAGUUUGAGUUUUGUGACGGUGUAGAAACACAUGGCAUUACAGUGCUUUAUCCCUGACAUAUAUGAAAUCUACAGAGCCCCAAAUGUCCCCAGUGACGUCACGAUAUAUGCUUGUUAAGUUGUGGGCACAAGGUUUAAGGUCUUAUAACUGAAGCUUAUCUGCAGAAGACCGGUGUCAAAUAAUGCCGCCUGUUAAUCAAGGAAUUAAUAAUAAGAAUGAAUAAUUAAAGUCUUAUAUUUCUGUUAAAUUUUUGUUUAUGUUGAUUGUUUUAUUCUCCCUCU